GGCUUUGUUACGAGUCAGAGCGCAAUACCACGACAUAUUUCAGAGUCAUUGUCAUCUUUAGAUCGGUAAAGAAAUCAUGAAGUUCGUUUGGUCAGGAUUUUGCAUUUUUCUCACAGCAUUGACAAUCGCCCAUGGUGAAAAAAUCCUGUCUAAGCGCAACGCGGAUUACGACGCCCAUGAGGAAAUUGAUUGUCAAACGGCGAAUUUCGGAACAGCGCAAACCAUCAGAAACAGCAUGUGUCGAAGCCGCGAUACCCUCGUUGAUCUGAAACCCACGACAGGGUAUCGGUUCAUGCCAUCAAAGGUUUCCGUUAAACGAUGCGACGGCAACUGUCGGACUGGAUCAUCCUGUGAGCCGAUAGAAACAAGGAUGACUGAAGUUUACGUUGAAUUAAAACCUUUGCUCGGCAGCAGGAGGAUGAAGCAGUGCGCUGUCGUGAGGGUCGAAGAACACGUCAGUUGCAGGUGUAUGUGUGAAAAAACGAAGGGGGACUGCAACGAGCGACAAAUGUUCGAUAAGAAGAGUUGCAAAUGUAAGUGCAAGGCAGAAACAGAGAACAAAAUGAAAUGCGAAGAACAAAAAGAAAUGCGGUGGGAUGAAGACGACUGUUCCUGCAAGUGCAUAAUGAUGCGAAUGCAAUGUUCAACUAACCGGAAUUGGAGCGAAGCUGCCUGCAAGUGUAAAUAAUUACAUAAUCGCAUACGAGUCUCCCUGCGUAUCGACGGUCUGGCUUCACGUCUCCGCAAGAGGCAAUUUAUUUGCUUGAUUAAUUUCUUCUUGGUUUGGUGGUCAAAAUAAUUCUAAGUAGUGCUGUCGUUUAUUUUUGACAAUUGGAAGAUAUCGUUUUAUUAUGCUCGAGGAAAACCUUGUAUGCAAAACUUUUGUUCAAACGAAUAAAUAUCAUGUCAUUUUGAGAAA